GGCGCCUCCCACAGUCCCCCGUCCCACUCCCCCACAUCUCCUCCGCCCGCCUCCCGCUCCGGCCUCCGGCCUAUUUAUCGCGCCGCGCGCGCGCUCCCGCGCCUAAACCCUUGCGCUUCCCGGCGGAUUAGCGGAGCACUGCCUGCCCGCGUCGUCACGACCCGGUGGCGCGGCGUGCCUCGAUGGCGGCGGGGGCGCUGGGAGAGCUGUGCCGCGCCGGGGGCUGGUCCUACGCGGCGAUCUGGCGCUCCGACCGUCGCGACCCGCGGUUGCUUACGAUAGGAGAAUUUCACUGUGAAGAUGAAGCAAGAAAAGUGGUUGAGAAGAUGGUCAAUCAGGUCCAUGUCGUCGGAGAAGGUGUCAUAGGAAGAGCUCUAAUUAGUGGGGAGUACCAAUGGAUUUUUGAUGAUACCCCCUUCAGUUUGUCUCAGAUAAGCGAUGCAGAUAACCUAGGUUUAUUUCAGAGGAAGGUUACCUUCUUGUAGGGUUAUACUUGGUGGCAACAUCAGUUCCUCAGUGGAAUAAAGACUAUUGCAGUAGUACCUAUCCAGGCGUUUGGUGUGGCACAGUUCGGUUCCAUGCAAAAGGUUAGUAUGCUAGUUUUUGAAAGCAACUUUCACAUGAUUCUAACAGAAAAGGCUAUACCCAUUAUCAUGGUGUCAUUGUUUCGGUUGUUAGAACAAUUCUUGCACAAGUUUGCCUGAAGAUGCUAUCUCUGAACAUGCCAGAUCUCGAGCAAAUGGACAUUUGAGAAGCACGUCUUGUCUGCACUACUAAUUAAUUAAUAAUUUGUGUGAUACUAAUUGAUAUCUGUUUUGCAAUUAAGGCAUCAGAACGUGCAUAUCUUCUCAUGAAUAUUAAAAGUUCACAUUUACAGGUUUCUGAAAGCUUAGAGUUUCUGGAUCAAGUUAAAGGUGCACUUUUUCUGAAGGAAAGGACUUCAUGGCAUCCUUCAACCAAAGAUGUUCAGAAAGAUGUUUUUACGUACAAUCCGCAAUUUCAACUUAAUUCUCCAAGCACCACAGAUGGUUUUGCACAUAUUAAGGCUGAGCCAGAAAACACAAAGCUCUUGGAGGACACGAUGACAGUAGAUUCCCUCAAGAACUUUGCCAUUGCUUCAAGUAAUCACUCUCUGCACUAUUUCAAUGGUUUCACCUCCAAUGAAAGUUGCAUUGGUCUGAAUCCUCACAUAGUGGCCAUGCCAGUGAACUCCAAGUCUAUAAGUUCUGUUAAAGUAUUUCAAAGUGACAGCAAUUCGCGGCACAGUAAUAUUUCAGAAAAUGCACCACAAUUUACAUCCACUAAACAGCCAGGUUCUAGUCUGACAACUGCAGCUACAAGUUAUUCAAGUUUGACCAAUCUUCCAAGAAUGGAGCUCGGGCUGUCAUGCACACCUAACAAGCUGCGAAAUUGCCUCCAAAGUGAAAAAUCAAGCUUCUGGGAUUCGUACUCAUCAAUAUUUUCUACAGAAGCUGAUCUGAAAUCUACUUUAUUUGACAAUGACACCCCGUUUGUUCAAGGUGAUGUGAUUCAAGAGGUCGGUACUGCUGGAUCUACUUCUUAUGCUUGUGAGCUCAAGGAAUUACCAAAUGAAAUAUGGGGAGAAGCUGCAGGGUCCACAAAACAAGUAAGAAAAGUAGACAGUGAAAAUCAUGGCUUGCUUGAAAGCAUACCAUUCGAUCCAGUCAUAAAUGAUUGGUGGGAUGACACUGCCUUACUAGAAGGAAACACUACACAUUGUGGUGCUACUGGCAUGAAUUCUGUUGCAGGACAGGCAAAUACUGAUCACUUAUUGGUUGAAGAGAGGGGAUUGUUUUCAGAAUCUACCUUUGAGGAGCUGCUUGGCUUUGAUGGCAAUGUUAGCCCAGUAGCUAGCACUGAUCCAUUAGGUGGCUCUGUCUCAGGCUGUCGAUUGCCAAGGUACAACGUUCAAGAUUCAUUUUCAGUGUGCAACGCACAAGUACCAGCAGCAUUGCUGUUCCCUUCCAUUAACUAUGCAUCCGAAAAUGAUCAAACUGGAGCAUCACAGGCAACCCCAAUAUCACUGCAGAAUUUGUCUAUGGAUGAUUGUGGCAGUUUGAAUACUGCAAAUUCCAAGGUCAGCCAGGUAAAGAAGCCUGAAGGAGUGAAGGUUGUUAAGAAAAGAGCCAGGCCAGGUGAAAGCACAAGGCCAAGACCAAAGGAUCGACAGCAGAUACAAGAGCGAGUCAAAGAGUUACGUGAGAUAGUCCCAAAUAGUGCAAAGUGUAGCAUUGAUGCUUUGUUGGACCGAACAAUCAAGCAUAUGCUCUUUCUACAAAGUGUAACAAAGUAUGCAGAAAAGAUUAAGCAAGCUGAUGAACCAAAGAUGAUAAGCAAGGAUAGUAGCGCAGUGUUAAAUGAUAACUCAAGUGGUGUUGUCCUGAAAGACGAUCCAAGUGCUGGAAGCAAUGGAGGUGCCACAUGGGCCUAUGAGGUUGCAGGGCAGACUAUGGUCUGCCCAAUAAUCGUUGAGGAUCUUUCACCGCCUGGUCAGAUGCUUGUCGAGAUGCUAUGUGAGGAACGUGGAUUUUUCCUAGAGAUAGCAGACACCAUUCGUGGUUUUGGACUGACAAUCUUGAAGGGACUGAUGGAACUUCGUGAUGGCAAGAUAAUGGCUCGAUUUCUUGUUGAGGCAAACAAGAAUGUGACCAGGAUGGAUAUAUUUUUAUCACUUGUUCAGUUACUGCAGCAGAAUAGCCUCAAUAGAUCUUCGGACCAGCUAACUAAGGUCAUUAACAAUGGCAUUCCAUCUUUCGCUGAGCAUCAGCAAUCUCCUAUAUCAAUUCCAGUCAGCCUUGCCGGGAGAUAGCAAUGACCAAUACUUGAAGAAAAGUUAACGUAAUAUUUGGAGUGCCGAUUAGUGGUUGGUGAUGACCGUCAGGUGUUGAUAGAACUGACAAUUGUUAAGGAUGUAGUGAACGCACAUUGUGGUGUACAAAUUAUCAUUUGUCGAGUUUAGGAAUAUUGCUGCUGUCGCUUGUAAUGUGGACACUGGCGCGUGCUUAUGCUGGUUAGUUUGUGUGUAGUCAUUGUUGAUUGACGUACAAAAAAAUGUGAAGAAUUGUGUUAUCUUAUCUGAAUUUCUAAUCAAGUGUGGCAAAAUACAGUGCUUCGAUGUUUGGUGCAAGAAAAGAAAUGGAGAAUUUCAGGCUCAGGAGCCAAA